CCUUUGUGACGCAAUCCGGGGUGUGUCCGAGAGCGGCGCUGCCGGCGGAGAAAUCUGCCUCGGACUGUGUUUGGACCCGCGUUGGAGUUUGAGUCCGCUGCACAUGCGACAGGAGCGCUCCCUCUCGCCAUGGGACUGGCACCGGCAGGGCGCGUCCCAGGACCCGGCUCGCUGCUCCGGAGCCUCAAGUCCUCUAUGUUCGUCGUCCUCGUGGUCCUCGGUGUCCCGUCGGUCCUAGCUCGCUCAGCCGGAAAUAUCACAUUACCGUAUCGGUCAGCUGCCACCCAGGACACCCCCAAAAGAAGGCCAUGUCCAGCAGAUUUCCCCUCUGUCUUCACUUGUUUUGACCGUAUACCUGGUGAGGAUAACACCAGUCAUGUGAACGAUCUGCCUCACUGCUUACCAUAUGAAGAGGAGAGAAAUCUCUGCAAUAGGACCACAAAAACACACGGUUGGUGCAAAGUAGAUUCCUCUGACUUCUACUGGAAGUGCCGCGCUGGGUGCUCCCAUGAGAUACUGAAUAACGUGUCUUGUACUCUUGAGAGUUACAAUGCGUCCCUUUCCAAAAGACCACCUACUAAGGCAUCUGUGACAGUCCCGGCUCCUCGAGUGUUAGUGACCAGUGGCCCGGGGAAUACCACCUCUCACCACCCUUCCUCAGACGAUGAGAUCCUGGUGAAGGUGAUGUUGGGUAUCUUCGGGCCUUUCACAUUCCUACUGUUGCUGAUAUGUCUUUCUUGCUGGUGCACCCGCACAGAAUGCUGCAAGGCCCUUAAGAGCAAGGUCAUUUCCUGGUGGUGUGGGUCCCCACAAUGGCCUGAGGCUAAGGACAAUGCCCGUAAAGAGAUCCGGGACAUCACAGGCUCCUCUUAUUCCACCCUGGACUCUGAGCAGAGAAUGGAAAGCCAGGAGCUGCCAUUGCUGACAGGUGUCAGUGUAACAUCCUCAUGGGAGACAGAGCCUCUGCUGAGACAGAGACAGCAGACAAUAAAACGCCAGGUGCUGCCAGUGCAAUCCAGUGUCAACAUAACAUCCCAAGGGGAGACACAGCCUCUGCUGGCACAGGCAGAAGCUGAAGGGUCUCCCAAGAGCGCUGAGCCCACUGAUGUCCCAGAACCCGCUGCUGAACCUGUUCCUGAACCUGUUCCUGAACCUGCUCCCGAACCUGCUCCCGAACCUGCUCCCGAACCUGCUCCUGAACCUGCUCCCGAACCUGCUCCCGAACCUGCUCCUGAACCUGAUCCUGAACCUGAUCCCGAAGCUGCUGCUGAAGCUGAGGAGGCUGACGAAUAAUGACAUUCGCGUGAGCAGAGCCUGCACUGUGUGCCCGGAGGACACCUUGUAUGAAAUGCUGGUGAGACGUAUCAGCAGGACGGGGCGGGAGGCCUCAGACAGUCUGGGACAAAGACAUGCAAAGGAGACCAUCGAGGCCCACCUGGUGGGCUCCGGGACAUUCAUCUGUCUAGAUGCAGGGUCUGCUAUGUCAUUGGUGUGAAAGAUAUAGGUACUUCUAUACUUCUA